GUCAUAAGUUCUUUUAGGUAAGGUAUAUUUGGUUAUAGCACAGUUAGGUAUCUUUCAUUCAUAUGAUGAACCAUUUCCAAUGAAAAAACAUUAGCAGUUUAUCAGUCUGUCAAAUCAGAGGCGUUGAAAUCUAGAUUUAUGGGAAUGGGCAGUGGAUUAUGGGCUGCUGCAGGGGUUGUUUUCAUUUUUAUGUGUUACAUUGCAGAGGCCUAUCAAAAUCUCACAGUAGGGGGCGCUGCCGGUUGGUCAUAUGACGAUCAGAGCAACUCAACUGCAGCUGAUUACAGCAAGUGGGCCAAAAACCAGACUUUUAGCCUCGGCGACUACUUGAUCUUCAACACCAACUACAACCAUUCUGUUGUACGGACAUACAACGCAUCGACUUAUGAUAGCUGUAAUUAUGACGACACUGAGACUAAUGAUGAUACUUCUAUGUAUUUGGAAGAGGAUCUCAACAAGCCGAACACCAAUGCCACGGUUUCUAUUCCUUUGACUGUACCGGGGAUGAACUAUUUCUAUUCCAGUGCGGAUGAUGGGAUUGAAUGUCUAGCAGGGCUGAGGUUUGAGGCGAAUGUGAGUGUUGGGGAAGGGCUUCCGCCCAGUUUGAGGCAUCCUCCCCCACCGCCAUUUUCUGGUCCACCUUUGUCUGUCUUUCCUCUGCUCUCACCUCCACCGUCAGUCAAGAGCAGUGGAUCUCAAACAAUAAAAGCUACUACCUUUUCUGCAUUUGGGCUCUUCUUGUCUAUUGUAUUUGGGUUUAUUUGAUUUUGGUUCUAGUUUUUGGAUUUGUUGAUGGGUGUUGCAGAGGGAUUUCAGCCCACAGUGAAACCUGUUUUAAGUUAUUCGUUAAGGAGGGCUCUUCUUGGCCUCUGUAUGUGUGGUCAAUCAUCAUGCAAUGGAUCUUCUUUGAGUUUGCUGUGAUCGACAGAAAUGUCUUCUUUGAGCUUU